AGUGAAAUCCCUGCAAAUAUGGUCAAUUUGUGCAGUUUACUCCUGAAAUACAACAAUUUCAGCAAAGUAGAGGACGAUAUAUUCCUGUACAUUGAUCGAAUAUUGGAAAACGCAUUUGAAAUUCACAAAAAACACGCAGAAGCAAAUAAGCAGUUAGCAGCUCUGGACGAACAAAUAGCAGAUAAACAAAAAUAUUUGCCUAACAUAUGCGUGAACUUGCACAAUUCUCAAUCGCCGAUAAAGAAACGCAAGGUACAAUCGUUGGAUUCGUCGCUUUCGGCGUGUAAGGAAAAUGUGUCAAUACUGGAAGAUUCUACCUUUUUUCCACACAAGUCAGACUCCGAUGUGUCGUCGAAGCUCGAGCAGAAUAUAAUAGAUUCCGAUGAACCAUUCUUUGCCCUCACACAAACUCCUCCAUCACCCGCUCCACCAGUGAGAGAUGCUCUUUCCCCACAAAAUCACCUAAGCGCGAAACUUUCAACCGCACGUACCAAGCUUUUAUUUGGCGAUGAAAUUAAAUCACCGAAGAAAAUUAUUCGCGAAAGCAAAUUUGGUAACCGAUUGUAUGCAGCAGAGGCAUCCCCCGGAUUUGGAGUAAAACCUAGCGGCCCUUCCACCGUUACUCCCACUUCAACCGGCAAAUGGACGGGAAAGAAAGGUAAACUAGAGGACAACAGCAGUGUGGAACACACACCCACCGGCCUUAAACGGUUCCAUUCGUUGAACGAUGGUAACCAACGUUUUCGUCAAGCAAAGUUGAAUUUUCCACGACAAAACAAGCACUCCCCCGGAAACGAACUAGACCAGACAGUGAACGAUACACUGUUUAGCGACUUUGUUGUACCAACGCCACCAUCAGUGGCAAACAAAUCAAAAAUGUUAAGAAGUUUACGAAUGAGGAAACAAUCUUCAAUGAUUUCCAAAGGACAAAACGUUAGAUCAGCGGCCAAAGCAAGUUCUCUAGCAACGGCAUCCACCACAACUAGUGACGAUUGUAAACGCGAUUUGUCUCAGGAGGAAGAUAUCAACCAAACGUAUUGCUCCGGAGUUGAAUCAAUACACCACAUUACAACGGAUCUAUCGGUUAAGAUAAAGCAGGAACCUAAAUCGCAGCAGGGGAAACAACGACCGGCGAUCAAAAGGACGGACUUUGCUAUGAACCAGCAACGGAUUAGUAACGAAGAUUCUGAAUCGAAUGAAAUAAUACUUGUACGGACGCCUAGUCAACAGUCCAUUAUAACUGUCGUUGAAUCACAACAAGAAAAUGAUGAAUUUAUUACCGAAUUGCACAACGAACAAGCUAAACGCAUGAGGGAACCGGCAGGGAAAGGAAUGAAUUCCGUACUAAGCAACAAUAUACAAAGAACCAAUCACGACUUUGGUGGAGGACCAUCAGGAGGCAACAAUCAUCAGUACAAUCGCAGCUUUGAACAGCUGCGAGCAGCUUUGUGUAAUGAUUGCAUGAAGCUUUACAAGUUUCACACCGCACGUGGCAUAUCGAACGAUGCAGCACUUUCAAAACUGACGCGCAACUGUCGUGGCUGCCGGAUGGCUCAGCUGCAUCACACACCACCCGGGUUUUGGGAUCCGGAUUUUCUUCCCACACCACAGUAA